ACGCGUGCCCGCCGCCCAGCAGGCUGUACUACGCAGAGCUGGAGGAGAGCUUCGCCGCGGCACAGAGCUUCCCGGUGGGCACCACGGUGUCCUACGCCUGCCGGCCGGGCUAUCGAGCCAUCCCCGGCAGGUCGCCCAGGCGGACGUGUGGGGCAGACUUGCAGUGGUCCCCCGUGGAGCAGUUCUGCACAGAGAGAAGCUGUAACCAUCCAGGAGAAUUAGAUCAUGGUUAUGUUCACGUGACAAAUCUUACAAUUAAUUCAAAAGCUACUUUUUCUUGUGAAAGAGGAUUCAGAUUAAUUGGAACUGAUCAAAGUACCUGUGUAAUUAUGAAUAAAGCUGUUGGCUGGGAUCGAGAGCUUCCUUUCUGUGAAAGAAUUCCUUGUGAACCCCCUCCAAGCAUCGCCAACGGGCGCUACACUGAAGCAGAGCAUUAUUUUUAUCAGUCAUCAGUAACCUACUCGUGUGAUGAUGUCCCAGGAGGCACAGAUCCCUUCUCCCUCAUUGGCCCAGCUACUAUCUUCUGCACACAGGAUGAGCACUUCAAUGGUGUUUGGAGUGAACAGCCUCCACAAUGUAGAGUGGUCAAAUGUGAUAACCCGAGCAUUGAAAAUGGAAGAAAAUCAUCUGGAUUUACACCUCCCUAUAGGUAUAAGGCCUCAGUCACCUUUGAGUGUAAUCCAGGCUAUUUCAUGGUUGGAUCCAGAAUAAUCACCUGUCAAGAGAACAGCACCUGGUCUCCAAAACCAGCUUGUGAAAAAAGCAGGUCUGAAAGUCCUGGUUCUGCUCCACACAUAAAAUAUGGUAGUAUAGUUGGUGGCCGAAACGAGUCGUAUUCUGUGGGGGAUUUUAUUACCAUUGAAUGUUACCCAGGCUACACGUUACACGGUGAAGCUCGCAUCCAGUAUAUUGGAGAAAACCAGUGGGUUCCUGGAGUGCCAACUUGCCAGUUAAGUGGGUAUAUUACAGCCAUCAUCUGUUUGAUUGUGGCAAUUGUGGUGUUGCUGGCAGCCUUCUGGGUCUAUAAGAAAUUCUUUUCACAAAAUGG